AUGUCUUCCUGGCUCCUUAAACUCGGCACUGCCUUUGCCCUGGCGCAGACCAUCUCGCGCCCACAUCUACAUCAAGAGCUUUUUGGCUGCCAGGGAAGCUCCAACCCUUUCAAGAAGAAGUGUGGCAAGAAUAAGGGUAUCGAGACCAAGGAAAUCUGUGAAACUGCCUCCGUCACCGUCAACUGGGACACCGGCGAUCUGCAAUUCAAGAAUGAUCACGGAGACCACGCCAACUGCACCCUGAGCACGACCAACCCGUGGGGCGAGUGCGAUACCAGCGAUGCGAACAAGUACCCCAAGAUCGCGGAUAACCACGCGGAAAGCCUCCUCAGUAUCAGCAGUGCGCUAUACGGGUUGGCACCCGUCGCCGCAGGACUAUUGAUCUAA